AAUCGACGUGGAUGUUUGCAUUGUGACGGAGCAAGGAUGACAAAGACAAUAGGAUACCGAGACUGGAGAUGGCAGGCUCUUUUGUGGCAUCACGUCUUCCUCUUGUGGACUACAGUGGAUGCGCAGACUCGUUACAGCAUCCCGGAGGAGCUGAAACAAGGGUCUGUGGUGGGAAAUCUAGCCAAAGAUCUGUCUUUGGGACUGUCUGAGAUAUUUGAGCGCAAGCUGCGUGUCGCCUCCGAGGCUGGUAAGCAGUAUUUCAGCGUGGAUGCGGGGAAGGGCGAGCUGCUGGUCAAUGACAGGAUAGACAGAGAGGCUUUAUGCGGACAAAGCGCCAGCUGCGUGCUCCCUCUGCAGGUCGUCGUCGAGGACCCGUUGCAGCUUUUCCGUGUGGAGGUUGAAAUACAGGACAUCAAUGAUAACGCGCCGCGGUUCCCCUCGAAUGACGUCACACUUGAGAUUUCUGAAAUUACAGUCCCUGGGGUCCGUUUUCCUGUAGAAAGCGCCAUUGAUCCAGACGUGGGCGCUAAUUCGCUCAAAACGUACACGCUCAGUAAAGACGAGUGUUUCAAUAUUAGACUCAAAGAGGUUGCAGGAGGCAGAAAAGUACCUGAGCUGGUUUUAGUAAAAUCUUUAGAUAGAGAGAAAAAGUCCGUCCAUCAGCUCUUAAUUACAGCUCUGGAUGGAGGCAACCCUGUGAAAUCGGGGACUUCACAAGUUACAGUUACAGUCCUUGAUAUUAAUGAUAAUGUUCCUGCAUUUGAAAAAACAUUAUAUAAAGUGUCAGUGGCUGAAAACCUUGAAAAAGGUGCAAGCAUCUUGCAGACAAAAGCCACAGACAUGGACGAUGGCCCAAAUGGAGAAAUAGAAUAUUUUUUUGGCGCUCACAUGCCUGAAAAUGUCCUCUCUACAUUUAGCAUUGACGGUAUAACCGGCACCAUACUUUUAAAAGGAAUUUUAGAUUUCGAGUCCACAUCAAAUUAUGAAAUAGACAUAACUGCUAAAGAUAAAGGCGUCCCUAGAAUGGAGGGUCAUUGUACUGUCCAUGUAGAAGUUUUAGAUGUAAACGAUAACGCCCCAGAAAUAAUACUCACUUCGAAUGCAAAGCCAGUGCGUGAGGACUCGCCUAACGGGACUGUAGUAGCUUUACUCAAUGCCAGAGAUGACGACACCGGAAAUAAUGGUAAAGUUACAUUACACCUCCCCACAAAAUAUCCGUUUGCCCUCAAAGCAUCCUUUUCUAACAAUUAUGAACUGGUCACCAGUGGCGCUUUAGACAGAGAGAGAGUGUCUGAGUAUAAGAUUGAGAUCACAGCCACCGAUUCAGGAUCUCCUCCUCUCUCCAGUAAGAAAACGAUAGCCGUCAGCAUCACCGAUGUCAAUGACAACCCUCCUGUAUUCUCCCAGAGUUCUUAUAAUGUUUAUUUAAAAGAGAACGGAGUAGCAGGCUCUAUACUGUACUCGGUGUCUGCAUGUGACCUGGACGCCGGCGAAAACGCCAAAGUGACUUACUCCAUCGUGGACUCUAAAGUGCACGACGUGUCAGUGUCGUCUUACGUCUACAUGAACUCUGAGAACGGCAGCAUCUACAGCAUGCACUCGUUUGACUACGAGAAAGUCAAAGUGUUUCACAUUCAGGUUCAGGCAAAGGACCAGGGCUCUCCAUCUCUCAGCACCAACGCCACCGUCCAUGUUUUUAUCCUGGACCAGAACGACAACGCCCCCGCUGUUAUUUACCCCUCUCCACACGCGGCCUCCCAUCUCAGGGUUCCCCGCACGGCCAAAGCGGGCCACUUGGUCACCAAGGUGACGGCGGUGGACGCGGACUCGGGUCACAACGCGUGGAUCUCAUACAAAGUGUCGGAGGCCACAGACGCCUCUUUGUUCAUGGUCAGUGUGUACACAGGGGAGGUGAGGACUAAACGUGCUGUGUCCGAGCACGACGACUCCUCUCAGAGGCUGAUUGUAGAGGUCCAGGAUGACGGGGAAGCGGUCCAGUCGGCCACCGUCACGCUGUCCAUCCUGCUGGAGGACGGUGUGAGCGAGCCCAUGUUGGAGCUGAGACACAAGGCGUCCGAGCCCAGUAAGACAAGCGGCAGAAUCACACUUUAUUUGAUUGUGUCUCUGGCCUCGGUGUCCGUGCUGUCUCUGGUGACUUUGCUCAUCUUAGCGGUGAAAUGCAUGAGGAGCAGCAGAAGCAGCGCUAGUUGCUGCAUGAGACGGACACACUGUGAUGAGGACAAGAAACCCAACAGAAAGCUGCACAUUCAGCUCAACACUGAUGGACCUAUCAAGUACGUGGAGGUUCUGGGAGGAGACGUCAUGUCUCAGAGUCACUCCUUCAGGUCGUGCAUGUCUCCUGUGUCCGAGUACAGUGAUUUCACUUUGGUCAAGCCCAGCAGCACCGCUGACUUUAAGGAGGUCAUCAGCGUCCUGGACGCCUCUUUACCUGACAGCACCUGGACCUUUGAGAGCCAGCAGGUGAGCGCUAUACCUUGUUUGCAAUGCAGGACGAGUUGCGGCACUUUGACUCCUUGUCAUGCACACUUUGUCAUUGUUUCUGUUCAGUGAGUCCUGUUUCAAUUACAAUGGGAGUAUGUUGAUUGACAUUCUCUUUGAGAAAUCAUAUUUUGUCAUUAUUCAUAUUAUCGGUUGACAGUCCAGUGAGGUUCAUUAAGUUUAUCAUUCAUACAUUCUAAACUGUAUGAAUCAGCUGACAAGGCACGCCACAGGAACAUCACAUGACCACUCUGAUGCAGCAGAAAGGAUGCAUUUAACCCCCACAUGACACAUCAAAUACUGAACACGAAGCCCUAAAGUACUUUAGUUACUAUUUUUAAUUGCAGUAUAAGUUGAUUUUUUUAAUCUCAUGUAAAUUCUCUGCCUCUCCAUCUAAGAUGUUAUGAUUCAUUUCAAUUGUCUGCAACAUAAACCCACAUUUUAGUUGGAUUUAUUGACUUUCUUUCCUCAUAGUUAUAUUCUUCUCUUGUAUUUUUGAAUUAUUAUGAUUGGAAAUUGUUGUUUUUCAUGUAGAAAAAUAGGUGGAAUACUCCAACUUCUCACAUGCAACACAAUUAGGAGAAACAUUAAUUUUUGACAUGAAA